CUGAGACAGAGCGCGCGCACGCGUGCGUCGCAUAUUGUUUGUAUCUCCAUUCACUCACACUGUGACGCCGCGUUGAACGUGGAAGUUGUGUGCGAUGUUGUAAAGUUUUGUUUUUUUUUUCGUAUACAAUCGAGUCGACCACUUGCUCCUAUGCCCAUCGUUUACCUGCAAGUGUUAUAACUUUUGUUAAUAACCGUGAUUCUAUUAUUGUUUCUCAUAUUAUAAAGUUGGUUAUAUGUUAAAGUUAACGUGUUAGAUAUUACAUCUAGUGAAAUCUGUCGAGUGAGGUCCAGAUGUUAAAGCAAACGGCAAUAACCUCGUUUUGUGUCAACAAAUAAUAAUAAACAGUGAUCGGGACAAGUUACACUGCGUUUGGAACAAAAAGUGAUGAAUUAAAAGAUGUUCUAAACUGGAAAUCCAGGACGAGAAUGGGUUUCGUCCGCCUGUAUUGGAACGUUAAUAUUGUUACGACUUCACCUACAUUACAUUUAUGAUCUAUAAUAAACAUCAAGAAUGAUGUGGUCAGUGUACAAAGUAGCUGCACUAAUACUGCUCAGUGCACUCAGCAAGGGACAACUACCAGAAGAUGACUUCAGGAUAAUCAACAGACAAGAUCUUUUGACGACGGAACACAGCGACGUGUUCGAGGAUUCGAGUUCUGGUUCAUUCUCGCAAUUGCUGUUCGAUGUGGCAAGGGACCAAGUUAUCGUGGGCUCAAGGGAUGCCCUCUACCGAUUAUCACUUCGAGGCCUUGGAGUUCUGGAACGAGCUGACUGGCUGGCCCCAUCCAGUAAGAUAAAGAUGUGCCAGAUGAAGGGACAGACUGAGGAAGACUGCCACAACUACAUCAAGGUUCUUCUACUUCAUGGCCAUAAGCUGUUCGCUUGUGGAACACACGCGUUCAGCCCUGUCUGCAGCUGGCGAGAGAUCGAAUCAAUAAAAACCGUUACGGAAUGGGCGACUGGUGUGGCCAGUUGUCCGUACAACCCUCAUUCCAACGUGACUGCGAUACUGGCUUCCAACGGGGAGUACUAUGCUGGUACCCCUACUGACUUCGCUAGUUCGGACACCGCUAUAUGCAGGAGCCAGGGCGCAGCCAGCCACGACUCAAGCAUGCUCCGCACCACCCAGUAUGACUUAAACUGGUUGAACGAGCCCCAAUUUGUGGGCAGUUUCGAAGACGACCAGUUCGUGUAUUUCGUGUUCAGAGAAGUCGCUGUGGAGUUCAUGAAUUGUGGCAAGAUAAUAUACUCCCGUAUCGCUCGAGUAUGUAAGAACGAUCCAGGUGGUUACCUGGUGAUGAAGGACAGUUGGAGUACCUUCCUCAAGGCUCGUCUGAAGUGCUCAGUGCCAGGAGACGUACCCUUCAACUACGAUGAGGUGCAAAGCGUGGAGUACUUGCCACAGGAGAAGAUACUCGUUGCUACGUUCACAACACCUACGAACAGUAUAGUCGGCAGUGCAGUAUGUGUGUACAGCAUGGCGGACAUCACCGCGGCUUUUGAUGGUCCGUACAAGGUCCAGGAUAGACCUACAUCGACCUGGGAACCAAGGUCACCUUCGAAACAGGCGAGAGACCAUUUCAAAUGUGUACCGGACUCAAGGAUAAACGAAGCCAUAGAAUACCACCGCUAUCAUUUAAUGUACGAAGCUGUACAACCAGUUUCUGGCGAACCAAUCUUUAAGCUAACAUCAGAACGGUUCACCCACGUCACCGUAGAUGUCACUGGAGCAAAGAACAUAGAAAAACAAUUGGUACUCUACGUGGCGACUCAGGCAUCUCAUGUUCUGAAGUUGGCAGUUCUGCCGAAGCUGGAUGGCGCGUGUUUGGUCGAAAGAUGGAAACUUAACGGCAAGAAUAACAGCUUUGAGGUUCUCACCAUGCAGUUUGUUAAGGAUACCAUGUCUAUCUACAUAGGCGGUAAAACCGGUAUAUACCGUAUAUCGGGGGCACGCUGUGCCCGCUACACGAGUAGGUCAGGGUGCGUGUUGGCUGGCGACCCCCACUGCGGGUGGGACGACGCGCGGGAGCUCUGCGUGUCUGCCGCGGGCAAGCUGGGGGACCCGGCCUUCAAGCAGGAUACUAGCGCUUGCCCCGCUAUUGAUGCUCCAGUGGACGGUGGUUGGUCGAGCUGGUCUCAGUGGGAGCCGUGCAUGCAGGACGGGACCUCGGUGUCUAUGUACGAGGACGACAAGCCCGACAUGUGCAAGUGUCGCACCCGGCGCUGUGACAACCCUAGGCCGGCCUUCGGCGGACAACCCUGUGAUGGCGCCAGUAUAUCAGUAACAAACUGCACGGUGCAUGGUGGCUGGUCGAGUUGGUCGGGAUGGUCAAAGUGUUCAGCUUCCUGUGGUAUCGCUAUCAAGUCCCGCCGACGUACGUGUACAGCGCCUGAACCCAAGUUUGGAGGAAGAGUUUGUGUCGGCCUCGAUAUUGAUGAUGUUUACUGCAAUUUACCACCAUGUCCCGACCCAAAUCUCGCAGCAGUUGACGGUGGCUGGUCAGACUGGGGACCUUGGUCUACCUGCACAGCUUCGGGAGGUCCUGGAUGCGGUCCUUCUGGAGGUUGGAAGGAGAGGCGAAGGGAGUGCAAUAAUCCUGUCCCUAAGAAUGGAGGCGCCGAGUGUGAGGGAUUUAGCACGGAGAGACAGCCAUGUGAUAUGGCGCCUUGUGAGGUCAGGAAGGCUACAGCGUGGUCGCCUUGGGUUCAAAUACCUGGCAACGGAUCCGAUGGGAGCUAUACAGAGAAGAGAUUCAAGUUUCAAUGUAGAGCUCCAUCCCCUGAACAGUUGAAGCUCUCAAUGGUCCGAGAAGAUGAACGCUACUGUAACUCCCGGGGUCGCUGUAGUAGUGAGCCGAUCUCGGACAACGAGGUUGGUUGGGAGCCCUGGGGACCUUGGGAGGCAUGCUCCGUCUCAUGCGGAGGAGGGCACCAGAGGAGGAGCAGGCGGUGUCUCAAACACGGACAGUGUCACGGACCCAGCGAGAUGCUACAGGCUUGUAAUAAGCUGGCUUGCACCGGAGAGUGGUCAUGUUGGAGUGAGUGGAGUGAGUGUCGCGGGGAGUGCGAGGGCGCGGAGGGCAGCGCGGCGGGGCACCGCACGCGGUCGCGCAGCUGUCUGUCGCCCGGCGGCUGCGCAGGCGCAGGGGACGAGUGGGCCGCGCUCGAACGACGCGUCUGUGUCAAAAACUGUGCAGACUCAGAAGCGGGUUGGGGUGAAUGGGGUCCAUGGGGCGACUGUACGGGCGGGGAACGUAUAAGGAAGCGAGCGUGUAUGGCCGGGGCCUGUCUGGGAGCGCAGUUACAGGUCGCCAGGUGUACUGACGAUGACCGGGAUAUUGAUAAUGAAUUGUACGCGAUGCCAGCUUACAGCCAAAACGUAGAGAUGGCGUCGUUUGUCACUACAGGCAACGAGACUCUUAGCUUAGGCAGUAUCAUAGGCUGCGUCAUCGGUGCCUUCGCCAUGGGUUGCCUCGUAUGCUUAGCGGGUGUGAUAUUCUGCCAGCGGCGCGGGACUAGGAUGCCGUGGAACAAGCAACACCGCGUGCCUUCCAGUCCGCAUUAUAUCACCGCUAAACAGAACAGCUACGUCACUGUACCCUUGAAAGAAGUUCCGCGCAAAGCGAAACGCCAACCAUCGUUCUCAGGCAUCGGCAGUACAAGCGGACUCCUUCUAUCGAAAAGCAACAACAUAGUUAACGCAAAUAACCACAAUACAGUUGCUACGACUCCCAAACUCUACCCGAAAGCUAUCGCGAACGAGUACGACUCUCUCGGCACAUUACGAAGACAUUCCAACCAACCUAACAACAAAAACAACUUGGAUAUCGAAGAAGACAAGUUCUACUGAAAGGUAUGAAUGUCAACUUUAACUUGUGAAAAAUAGAGCUUAUUUUACAACUAUGAAGACUUGAACAAAACCAUUAAAGGAAUGAAUUUCAACUUAAACGUCUAGUUGACAAAGUUCAUUUUCCAAUAAUGUCGUGUUUGUUCAUCAUGAAACGAAGCUCACUUCACACCAGUGAGAUGCAUGACAAAAAGACAAGGAGUUUCGAACUAUUUAGUGAUGUUAAUAAGGUUGGAUUUGCCUUAAUUGUUUGAAGAGGCUGGUUAAAGUGCGGUUGUGUUAAAGCCUGUGAUAGAAUAAAUGGUUUUUGAAUUGAAAGUGUGGACACGAAAACUUUUUUUUUAAUAAAAUAUUGACAAUUUUGAGUAUUAGAACAGUCCCAAGAGUGUUAUAUGAACUGCAAAUAAAUUGAAAAACCGUCUUAAUAUAGUUAGACGGUUAUGUACGCGUAAAGUGAAAGAUCAAAGUGUAUGUAGCUCUCACAGCAAAAUACCUCUAAAAGCCAUAACUUUAGGGUACAUUUUUAAAAUGUAUCAUUAUGAGCUUUUGAGGUAUUUCGAUGUGUUUUGCUAAGUAUUUAUUUCAUAUUAACAUUAUUAUAUCGUCCAAACUAUAGUUCCUUGCCGAUUGUAUGGAAUCUCUUUAAGAAAAACAUAUAGCUUCAGUGAUUCACAAGUUAAUUUAUAGAAAAUAAUGACCUAUUCACGUGAAUUAAGAGAGAAAAGGUCUUCUGUUCUUAUGGAAUAAGUCAGCAAACGAGCAGACGGAUUACCGGAUGGUAAGCAAUCGGCCCCGUUCAUGGACAACCGCAACACCAAAGGAGUAACGGAUAUUUAAGGGUUGGGCCUCCGUUAACCUCACUCACACGGCGAAACACAACGCUGUGGUUGUUUCACGUUGGUUUUCUAUGACGCCGUGGUAUCAUUCCGGUCGAGCUGACCCAUUCUUGCUGAAGCAUGGCUCUCCCACACGUCUUCUAGUUUUAAAUUACAACAGGAUAUUCUUGAGCAGCUUGCGCGUCCUGGCGACGGCAACUAUAAAAAGAGCUUUUUUUAUUUUACUUAGUUAAUUCACGUGAGUAAUUCAUUAUUUUCGACGAAUAUAAAAUGUCUCACGAUAGUUAGUAUUCACAAGUAUACUGUAAGCCCCUUAUUGGAUCCCUUCAAUAUAUUAAAUAAUUAUUUUUGUAUAAAAAUUAAAUGAAUUGUUCUUACAUUAUGUAUGUUGUACAUUUAUAUACAUAAUAUAUUCAAUAUUAUUGUUGUAAUGAAUUAAUUAAUAAUUAUAUUUUCUUGUGAUAUCUAUAAUUCCAUUGUAUUUGACAUCCAGAAAUGUUGCCAGAAUGAUUAAUGAUUUUUAUUUUAUGCAUUUUAUAUCCGUUUUUAGUUAUAUUUGCUACAUUUCGUAUUUAAAGUAUUAUAUUUUAUUAAGAAGUUUUUGACUAACUGUUUUAAAAAUGUUGAACGUUUUUGACAACUGACCGAAUAUUCAGUACGGGUGUGUAUUGAAUGACUAUUUAAUCUGUGCUCUAAAAUUGCGCUGUUGUGAUUGGUCGGGUAGAUUAACGUAGCGUUAGGCCACAGAUUAAACAGAAUUUAAGUAAAGACAUUGAUAGAGAUACGAUUAUUUUAAUUUGUAAAAAGAAAUUGUGUUUAUUUAGUUCUUUAGAGCUGAUUUUUCAAUAGUCAGAUAAAUGUUAUAUGAGGAAUAAAAUUGUUGCUGUCACUGUCUUAUACAAACACUCUAACGCGACAGCAUCAUAAUGAUUCCCCAGGUCACUUUUAUCUAACCAUUGAAAAGUCAGCCCUUAAUGAAAUAUGUAUAAUAGGCCGUAGGUAACGAAUCCAGUGCCAUUCUACUAAAACAAAUGUAAAAAUAAUUAAUUCCCAGUAUAUUAUAAUAAUAUAGUUUUUAUCAAAGGAGUUUGUACGACAAAACAAAAGUAUGUGCCAUGUAAAUAAGUAGAUAGUAUUUUAAAUGAAUUGUAAAUAAAAAAAUGUAGUUUUUUAUUAAGAAAAUUUUAUAUUUUAAGCAGUACAAAUAGCGGUGCCUUCACAACAAUAACUAUAUUCAUAUUUUACACGAAAAAAAAUAUACAGAUUGCAUAUUUACACUAUAUUACAAAUAUAUGCCUAUUUACUUGAUAGAAUAAUUAUAUUUUUUGUCACAGAGAAUUGUGUAGGUAACGUAAAAACGUAGUUGUAAAGGAAAAAGUACGCUAUUUCAUGACCAGUAAAGAUUAAUUUACUUAAACAGUGACUAUUUCGUUUACGACUUUAUAUAGUUGAAAUUAAUUUCGACAUAUUAUUUAAACAACUCAUGUUGAGUUACUUGAGAAAGUGUGGGUUAUUGUUUGUAUGUGAAUUUUAUACUUUUUUAUUUUAUUUUGAGGCUCGUUUAUACUUGUAAUUUAAGCUAGUAACUGGCUUGAAUUACUAGCACGAAUUAUAAGUGUAAACGAGGCAUCAUGUGUGUGCAACAUAUAAUUCCAUUAUCAUUCAUGUUUUUUUGUUUUUUUACUGAUAUGAAGUUAUUUCAGGAAUUAAAUCAAAUUAUAUUGUAAACGAUGUUCAGAGAACUUGGUUUGAAUGCGAAACAAAAACAUAGGUAUUUACUAUUUACAUCGUCCAUUAAUAUAAAUGAUUAAUAAAUAAGGCAAGCUAUAAAUAAAUUAUAAAACAAAAUGUCCU